CCUUGCAGACACAAGUAAAUGGAAUUUCCGCCGUCAACUCUGAUUAUAAUUGUACUUCAGACCAAACUCGGCAUGCACUGGCUUGCGACGAAUCAAUACAAAGAAGACAGUCGAUCAAGAGUAUUGAUAGUAGUAGUAACUGUCUACAAAAUGCAUCACAAUCACAAUCACAUACACUACCACCACCAAUAACAACGACAGCAGCAUUAUUAUCAUCAUCAACAACAGCAUCGUCAACAGCUGCAGGACCAACGUCUGCAGCAGCAACAGUAACAGGAGCAGGGGCACCAUCAGUGGCAGCAUCGGUAACAUCGGUAACAUCAGGACCACCAGGGGGUCCACAGACACCACACACGGCAACUACAGUAUCUCAGUUGAUGUCACCACCAGCAUCUUCAUUCUCACUUCAAGAAAGUGUUAGAGAGAGAAAAUUGCCGCCGGUCGAUGUUGUAGAGCAUUUGGCCCAAAUGUUCUACACCCACAUCUAUUCGUCCUUGCCUAUAUUUGAUCGCAACAAGCUGUUUCAUGAUAUACGCGAACAAACCUGCCCAGAAUUUCUUGUCUUAUGUCUUUGUGCCAUUGGAGCAAGAUUUUCUGAUCGAAGCGACAUUAAAGAAAACCCUCCAUGGCAUGCAGGUGAAAAGUACGCUUCCAAAGCACGAGAACAUUUGAUAAAUGCGAUCGAUACCCCAAAUCUCGCAAAUGUCCAAGCCCUGUUGUUGCUGGGGUUGUAUGAAUAUGGUUGUGCGCGUGGACCAAGAAGCUGGAUGUAUUGUGGAAUGGCAAUAAGAAUGGCACUUGAGCUGGGUCUCAACAAGGAGAGCGAGGCAGACGAUGUGGGCGAGACCUUGAGUAUGGAAAGCUGGACAGAACAAGAGCUGCGCCGUCGAGUGUUCUGGUCAGUUUUCUUGACCGACAAGUUCACGAGCGCUGCGACUGGUCGACCGUCCGCACUGCAGAUUGAGGAUUGCGACUGUCUGUUGCCGAGCAACGAGGAAGACUGGUCGUACGGCUACUUUUACACCGAGUCGCUCGACAAGUCUCGAGUGGCUCAUUUUAAUGUCCAGGAACUGAGGGACAGUCACCUGCUCGGUGUGUCUGCGGCCGGCGGUCGCUGUCGACCCAAACAGGAGCAGAGUCCGUUCGCUCAUUUCUUGCGUCUGGUUGCCCUGUUGAGCAAAGUGACGACGCUGAUCAACCGCUGUCGGGACAGCAAAAACACCUUGCCGCCCUAUCAUCCCAACUCAGAGUUUGGAAUAGUCGAGAAGCAGAUCAUUGCCUGGGAGGAGGCACUACCCCAAGCGAUGAAGAACACACCUGAGAACAUCAGCCGACAGACCACCAGUCCUGUAAUUGAUGAGACGCUGUUUGUAGUAACUCAUGUCUUGCACAAUGUCAUGAUCAUUUUGUUGCACCGUCCAUCGCUUGUACUCGCCGAUUCACUUGCUUCAGAACUUGUUCAGCCCGAUCUACGCUCGUUUUUGAAUGCAAGCAUAGAGCGAUGUCUGCGUGCUGUAGACAAUGUGACCGAAGUCAUCAAGAUAAUCCGAGGAUCCAUUAAAUUGAUGCCACCAUUCUUGUCCUAUUUGACUUAUACGGCUGCCACAAUCGUGGUCAACAACAUAUUCUCUAGAAAGCCCGAGGAUUCCAAAAAGGCAAGAGCUGCGCUUGGUGAACAUUUCAGGAUUCUGCAGACUAUGCGAUCGUACUGGGCCAUGUCUGACAAACUAUUCUUUAUGAUCCGUGAUCUGUACGCCAUGCAUAACAAUACUGUUAGCCAAAAGCUUACAAUGUCCAAUCACAACAAUAAUCACAAUAACAGCAAUAAUGCAUCUAGUCGUGGAACCAGUCGUGAGCAAUCAGCAGAGUGGUCAUCGUCAAUCUAUGAAAGCAGUUUAACAGCACCAGCAUCAUUUUCUGAUAAUGUACAGCAACAAAUUGGGAUGCAACAGCAGAUACAACAGCAAUUGCAUCAACAUCAGCACCAGCACCAGCAACUACAGCAGCUCGGUCAAGUGCACCAUCAAGCAUCCCAAUCCGACAACGAUCGUGUUCUUUCUCAGCCAUCUCCUGCCUUACCACCUCUCCAGGGUGUUUUCCAAAACAAUCUUACCUAUGCACGCAAGAUGUCUUUGGCUGACAUCACGUCAUCCACAGGAGACGGUGCCUCAUGCACGAACUGGGCUAUGCCAAUAACUCCAAUGAACCAUCACAAUAGUAAUAGCGAUACUGGUAAUGGUAAUGCUAGUAAUAGCAAUACCAAUAGCAAUGGUAGAGAUGCAGAUCCUCUUGGAAAUAUGAUGCAAUCGAUGGAUACCGGGCAACCGCCUGAGAACUAUCUAGAUCCGUUUUUGAAGCAGAACAUCGCAGACACAUCAUCGGGAUGGUGGCCUGACAUGUUUUCAUAUCAGCAAGAUUCUGAAGAGGUUCCAAAUGGUUACAAGAAUCACGGAUAUGUUUAA